AUGCCUGCUGGAGUGUCAACUGAAUCACUGGAAAAUGAUAUGAGUAAAUUUGGAAUGGAUGGACUAACAUCUCUCGUGAGAAUGGAACAAUCGAACUAUACAAACUUCGCCAUAGGACAAGAUAUAAGUAAAGUAGGGUUGGAUCUAUCCAAAGGUUCUGAAAUAUUGAAAAAUUUAGCAUCACCCUGGGCAGAAACAUCAAGAUCUGAUGUAGAACCUUAUUUCACAUUACCAAAUGAUAUAAAACCGGAAAAUAUAAUACCUCCACCAGGACCAUGUGAUAAUAAGAUUCAAAGUUUUACUGAUGAAACGUUGUUUUAUAUAUUUUAUAUGAGACCUAGGGAUACUCUACAAGAAUAUGCUGCAAGAGAGUUGGUUGCUCGUAAUUGGAGGUAUCAUAAGGAUAUUCAAGUAUGGUUGACAAAAGAUAGUAAUGUGGAACCUGUAUUAAUAAGUCAAGAUGUAGAGAAGGGGGUGUAUAUUUUCUUUGAUCCUCAUAAUUGGGAAAAGAUUAGAAAGGAGUUUGUAUUACAUUACUCUUCUGUUCAAGCUUAA